AAUGCGCGGCAUUCGCAAGUGUGUUCACUGUGGUGCCAUCAACGGAAACCGGGCGCUGAUCUGCAAGAACGCCGCCUGUCCGCAGCGCAGGAAUGUCCUGGACGCCGUGCACCUGGUGUCGCUGCGGCCAGGCUCCACUGUAUACUCGCUGCGUACCAAGGAGAAGGAGCAGCAGCCGCGGAACUUCGUGGUCAUUCAGGAUGUCACCCUGUCGCUGCAGCCGGAUGCUGCAGUGGUGUCCAGCAAGGCCGAGUGCUUCGUGGAGGCGUGCCAGAAAACGGGAGGCCAACCGGCGGACUGCGUGCAUGUGAAGGCUUGCCGCGAGCUGGGCACCGAGUUCGCCAAGGCGCAGGUGUACCGGGUGUCCCGCGAGGUGCUGUGGAACCUGAACAUCAGCCUGGAGCAGAAGCAGCACCUCUGGCAGCUGUACAAGUACGCCGAGGAGGAGGAGCACCUGCCUGGCGUGCAGCGGCUGAAUCACUCCACAUUCGCCGUCAAAUGCGAUCGCUCCGAGUCCUUUCCAGCUGCUCGACUGCACGUCACCGUCCUGGCCAAUGGUUUGUCCAAGAAGAAGAGCAGCUACGCCUGCGCCUGCCGCAAACUGAAGAUCAUUGUGGAGCCGGAUAACUCGCUGGUGAUGCAGGACGAGAUCUGCGAUCAUCUGCUGCUCGUGCUGGCUGCGAUACUCAGCUCGCCGCAGGGAAAACGGGUCUAUGGCCACUUCACCAGUGGCUUGCAGAACUUCUGGAUGCCUUCGCAGCUGGAAACUCCGCUGGGCGACGUGGCCACCGAGGACUUGAGGCUCAGCCUGGACAUGGUGGAUGAGUUCGACCCGCAGGUGGACAUACUCGUGUUCGGCGAUCAACUAGAUCUUCCCUUGCCGAAUCUCUCCGAUGGCGUCUUUAACCUGGACAACAUGCAGGCCGCCACUUCUGCUCACAGCACCUCGAGCACCAACGAUGCCUUGAUUCACUAUGCCAACGACUCGCAGCUCCUGUCCAAUUGCGAUGUUUAUGCGGAGCCCAUUGAGCUAACCGACUGCAAUAUUGAACUGAUGGAUCAGUUCCAGCCCACCGAUCAGCUGGAUAUAUGCAGCGAGGAUAUAGAGCUGCCCUUGAUUAGCGAACCCUACAAUAUCCUAGCUGCUCCGCCCAUUUUCACCGAAGCCACGCCCUCUGUGGUCACCGAUCAGUUGCCCAUUGAACUGGCCACCAUAUCGGUGGUCAAGAAGACGCCGGUCAAGUUCUCGGAAAUAGUGACGGAAGUAAAGUCCCUGAAGCAGCCCUCUUUGCCGGCCAAAAGGGAUUUAAUAGUGAACAAUGCGGCAUCAACGGUAUCCGUUUGCUUAGACGAUUCCGUUCAGCCGGCCUUGUCCUACUCGGCAUGGCUGGAUCAUGUGAUCGAGCUGCUAAACGAGAGUUGCGAGCCAUUAGAAACUCCAAACGCCACGCUUACCAAGCGCUCGGUGCACCAAAACUUCCACGUGCAUAAGGAAACCUUUUCGCACUUUUGCAAGAGCUUCAGCACUGGAAUCAAACGACGGCCGUUGGACAAGAUAACUGUGAUAGAAUCGGGCAAGCAUAAAGGCCUCAGCAAGUACACCUGGCACUUUGCGAGUCCGCACACCGCGAAGCGCAUCUUCAGCACUUCCAACAUCCAACUGCAGCUGGAUCGCGCCUUCGAGCGGCAUGCAGAUGGCCAUUUCGUUCCCUACGUGCGUCCACCCAUCGAGCCACAGGCGCCGGGUCAGCCGAAAAAGCGUGUAGUCUACCCGAGACUCCGCCUGCACAUGGUUAAGAUAGUCUUCGAAGCGGCUCCAAAGGACUUCGUCGGGAAUGGAGUCCUGCUGAGCUGGACCCCGGAUGUUUUGCCCCGCAGCCACUUUGGGCUGAUGUGCGUGGAGUUCACCGUGGAGACACGAUCGCCCAGCUAGGAUGAAGCAUUUGUUACCAUUGCCGGUGUCAGUAUGAGAAAUUUACAAGCCCUCCUAGCGUAUAAGUAGUCUUAGCCUAAGUCGGGUCUAGUGCCUAAGAAACAUAAUCUCACAAAAUUGGUCAUUAGUUGGUUGGUUAAUAUGUAGAGUCGCCUAUUUGGUAUCAGCUGACAAAUGAUUGGAUUGAUACGAUCAGAUUGAAGGGUGCUCCUUCCUCCCACCCGAAUCGAGCCCGAAUCGAGCUCGAAUCUACGGGGUCUGCAUCCUCAAGUAGUCUGACUACUUGCGCUUGUGGGGUGGACACGGGAUGGAUCUUGGCGGGGAAGGGGGGAAACUGAAGGACCUUUGACAUUCGUUCAUUUACAUAAUCAGUAUACAUGCUUAUUCAAGUUAAAGUGUACAAAAAACCAGUCUUUAAAACAUGUUUGUUUAUCGUUUCUUAUGUUUCUUCUUUUCCACUAAUACUUUACAUAUAAAAUGUAAAAAUAUUCACUAAAUUACUUGCGCUCUACUCGCUUUGCUGUGUGGGGAGAUAUACUUGCUAUCUGCCCGAUCUGGACAACUGCCAGACCAUUAGCCAUGGCAAUUCAGAGUGCUAGGUUUAAGCCUAAUU